GCGGAGCAGUUGGCUACAGUUGUUGCAACUUUUUUCGAAAGCUGCGUUUCCCGGGAGAUCCCAGGCGGUGACUGAGAGGGGCUAUGGCUAGAGGAGAACGUAUUUACCGGGCAAUCAAAGAUCUAUUCCUACAUGAGUCCGAACAAAUGCUCUGGAAUGCGUUCCCCGCUUCAGGAAGAGAACUCAGUUGCACAUCACGAAGUCAAAUGCCAGGGGAAACCAUUAACUGGAAUCUACAGGAAACGAGAAGAGAAAAGAAAUGCUGGGAACACAAUACGGAGCACCAUGAAGUCUGAGGAGCAGAAGAUCAAAGACACCAGGAGAGGUCCCCUGGCACCUUUUCCAAACCAAAAAUCUGAAGCAGCAGAACUUCCAAAAACUCCAGCCUCAUCUUGUGAUUCCACCAAUGGAGCCAUCGCCAAGCAAGCCCUGAAAAAGCCCAUCAAGGGCAGACAAGCCCCUCGGAAAAAAGCUCAAGGAAAAACACAACAUAAUCGCAAACUCACAGAUUUCUACCCUGUCCGGAGGAGCUCCAGGAAGAGCAAAACUGAACUACAGUCUGAAGAAAGGAAAAGAAUAGACGAACUGAUUGAAAGUGGGAAGGAAGAAGGCAUGAAGAUUGACCUCAUCGAUGGCAAAGGCAGGGGAGUGAUCGCUACCAAGCAGUUCUCCCGGGGCGACUUUGUGGUGGAAUACCAUGGGGACCUCAUCGAGAUCACCGAUGCCAAGAAGCGGGAGGCUCUGUAUGCACAGGAUCCCUCCACAGGCUGCUACAUGUACUAUUUUCAGUAUCUGAGCAAAACCUACUGUGUGGAUGCAACUCGAGAGACGAAUCGCCUAGGAAGACUGAUUAAUCACAGCAAAUGUGGAAACUGCCAAACCAAACUGCACGACAUCGACGGCGUACCUCACCUCAUCCUCAUCGCCUCCCGAGACAUCAAGGCCGGGGAGGAGCUCCUGUAUGACUAUGGGGACCGCAGCAAGGCUUCCAUCGAGGCCUACCCGUGGCUGAAGCAUUAGCUGGCGCCCCCUCACUCUCCCCAGCCCGCCUUCCCUUCUUCAAUGGACAAAGUGCCCUCAAAGGGAAUUGAAUUUUUUUUUUUACACACUUAAUCUUAGUGGAUUACUUCAGAUGUUUUUAAAAAGUAUAUUAAGAUGCCUUUUCACUGUAGUAUUUAAAUAUCUGUUACAGGUUUCCAAGGUGGACUUGAACAGAUGGCCUUAUAUUACCAAAACUUUUAUAUCCUAGUUGUUUUUGUACUUUUUUUGCAUACAAGUCGAACGUUUGUGCUUCCGUGCAUGCAGUCCAAGACUCAGCACAGGUUUUAGAGGAACGAGUCAAAAUGAACUAGGAAGCCGGGCGAGUCUCCUGCCUCCAGUCCAAGAGCCGGGAGUUUUGCCCCACACCCCAAUGUCCAGGGACGGGGUGUGAGGAUGACGCGGCCUCCCAGCACCCUGGACGGGAUGUUUCCAAGCUCUUGUUCUCCUGACGUCUCGACAGGCGCUCAUUGAAGUGUAUGAAUAUUUUUUAAAAAGGUUUGCAGUAAGCUAGUCUUCCCCUCUGCUUUCUCGAAAGCUUACUGACCCUGUGGCUCGUGAGCACGGGCCGGACAUAGAUUGACUCUUCCACAGGCUGCCACUUUUCUGGGCACCCUGAAGCAUCAGGGCGGGUAAUCAGUCUAGACGUGGGCGGGGAGAGUGUUGCUUACCUAUCCUGCCAGGGCAGAGUUUCCUGAAACUGGGUUAAUUCUUUAUAGAAAUGUGAACACUGAAUUUAUUUUAAAAAAAUAAAAAAAUAAAAAGCAAAAAUCCAAAAAAAAAAAUUUAAAAAAGAAAAAAGAAAAAAACCACAGAAAACAACUUACCUGUAUAUAGGUCUUGAAGUGAGUGAAGUGGCUGCGUUUUUUUUGGGGGGGUUUUUUUUUGUUUUUGUAGAAGAGAUUUGAGAUGGUACUCUAUUCUAAUCAAAAACAAAAUUUUGUAGCGGGACCAGAAAUUACUUACCCAAUAUGCCCCAUCCCGUCCCCACCCACCCCCAUCUUGCUGGGUUGAAAGUUCCAGACCUGCUGUCAAGGCCUUCUCUGUCUGUCAUACCACCCAGUGUCCUUCCUGUGGGGACACAGCCAUGAAUUAAAGUGCCCCUGGUCCCAGCUGCUGCUGUCAGUGUCAGAGAAAGGCGUGCGGGACAGUGGGCAGAGCCCAACAGGCCCCAGGGGUCAAGGACAAGGCUAAAGUUUUCACCUUGACUGUCAUAGCAGGAGGAGUAGGUGGCCGCCUUCUCCCUCCCUGAGCAGGACUGAUUCUCACUGUCCCUUCAGUCGAAGGGAUUGGGGCUUGGGAGUCAUGAUCCGGGGUCUCCUGCCCACCCUGGUCCCAGGUGAAUGUGAAUGAAAACAGGUAUGAGAGCUGUCCUCAUCCUUGACCUCCCCCCUCCCCAACCCCACCCCAGGCCUCACGACGGUGCUACCUAAGAAAGUCUUCCCCCCACCCCAUGCUAGCCUGGUCAGUGGUCAGCGACAUGGAGGAGGAUCCGAUGGGAGUGUGUCGAUGUGAGAAAUGUCUUGGUUGUACCUGUUUGUGAUUUAGCUUUGUAUUUAAACAAAAGGAAAUAAACUUGAAAAUUAUUUGUCAUCCUAAAAAUGAAACAAAAAAUUAAAAUAUUUAUUGCCAGGCAA